UGUUAUACAUCACGCAAGGAUUUCCCUCUCUUUCUCUCCCAUUUAUAACAAAUCAACAGAAACCCUUCUUCUCUCUCCAUACUGCCCGCGCUCGCGCCUCUUCGAGAUCACGUCGUCCAAACCCUAGAUUCCGUCGCCGGGGCUGCGGCGGCUUUUCAGAGCUCCAAGGUCGUUUGGUGAGAUCGGAGAUGGCGGCGGCAGCAGAGGUAGCAGCACAGCCACCAGUUACUGCCGAAGUUGUUGGGAACGCAUUUGUGACUCAGUAUUAUCACAUUCUGCAUCUCUCGCCGGGGCUUGUUCAUCGGUUUUAUCAGGACGUAAGUAAGCUUGGUCGUCCAGAAGAGGAUGGCUCCAUGACCAUCACCACCACUAUGCAAGCCAUAAAUGAGAAGCUUCUUGCCCUCAACUAUGGUGAUUUCAGAUCAGAGAUUAAGUCAGUAGAUUCUCAAGAGUCCUUUAGAGGUGGAAUUAAUGUUCUACUAACUGGCUAUAUGACGGCGAAGGACAACUCAGGCCGCUAUUUUGCACAGUCUUUUUUCCUUGCACCUCAGGACAGGGGUUACUUUGUUUUGAAUGAUAUGUUUCGGUAUCUAGAUAGUUCCCCUUCGUACCCAGCCGUGGUCACUGAAAUUGUGGUGCUUACCUCUCCUGAGCCAGUUCCGGAGAAUAAUGUUCCUGCCUCUGAGAAUAAAACACCUCCCGCAGAAGAAGCUGUGGUAGGAGAAGUUUGCAAUCCAUCUGAGAAUGGUGAUGUGCCAAUUGUGGAAGAAGAAGCCCCGGUAGCUGAGGUUGUUGAUCAAGUAGAAGAUGACACAUGGAUGAUUGUUGAAUCCAGUGCCAGAGUUGAGGAAUUGAAGCACAAAGCACUUACUUGAAUCCAUCAGGUGUUGGACAAACUUAAGCUUGAAGAUUACAUUAAUUAGAUUUUUUUUCCUUUCCUUUUACAUUAGAAGUAUUUUUAGUAGAUGAUUCAAAGUGUAGUUAGAGACGAUACAAUUAGGGAUCUUAUAUCUUUUGAUGAGAUAUCAAA